AAAAGAUUCCAGGAAAUACCCGUGAGUUUAGAGAAUUACAUUUUGAACACGAUCUGUUGGAACCGAAACCUCCCCGUAUAAGCCCCUCUCUGUGAUCCAUUAUCACCUCUCUCUCUCUCUCUCUCUCUCUCUCUCUCUCUCCCUCUCUCUAAAUCUAAGAAUGCAAAAGGCACUUCCGCACGCAACCUGGGCACCGCCCUCCUCGUCCUCCGGCGCCGCCGCCGGAGACUCCCAAACCCCCCAGCCCUCGAGGGCGGCGCUCCACGGCGUCAAGAUUGGGACAAGAGCGCAAAGGCUGGUGGCGGAGAAUGCGGUCAUAGUGUUCGCCAGGCGGGGCUGCUGCAUGUGCCACGUGGUGAAGCGACUGCUCCUCGGCCACGGAGUCAACCCCACGGUUGUGGAGAUAGAGGAGCAGGAAGAGCCGGCCGUGAUCGGCGAGCUCUCAAGCGUUCUUCCCGUCGGCGGGAAAGAUGGGCAGAAGGUGGAGUUUCCGGCGGUGUUUGUGGGUGGGAAGCUGUUUGGCGGCCUGGAAAAGAUCAUGGAAAGUCAUAUUUCCGGGGAAUUGGUUCCCAUAUUGAAGAAAGCUGGAGCUCUUUGGCUUUGAGCUCGUGAUCAUGAUUAAUCAUGAUCUGAUCGGAUUUUUCUAACAGUUCCUCCCUCUCUCUCGUUGGGUUGAUUCUCGACAAUUUUCUCAAGAGGAGGAUAAUAUUGCAGAAAUUAAAUUUCUGUUUUUCUUUUUUUCCUUCUUGAUUUUAUUUUUCUUUUUCAUUUUCCUCUACCUUUCCAUUUUGUCAGAAAAAUAUUGUGUUUUUAAUUGUAUUAUUAUUAUUGUCAUGAUAAGAGUGGCAGUGUUUUUGAACAGAGAUGACAAAUUAAUUAGGGUUUGUUUGUUUGUAUGAGCCUUCUUGUUUUUGUAAUUUUUUAUUUUAAUUUUAAUAAACUAAUCAUCUUCCUCGA